AUUUAAGGCAAUUUACGAAGUAGACACCGGAUUUUGUAAAUUUACAAUCUAACCUGUUUAGGCCUUUAUAAUACGAUUUGAACAUUUUGAACCCAAAACAAAAGAAUACAAUAUCGAUUCAGACCACAAGGAUCAUAAAAAGAUCGACUCUACAAUAUUGAAGACGACAUGGUAUGUACUUCUUUAGUUCAGCUCGUUGAUAGCUGCUAGAAAGUUUUGUUAAUUUUCCAUGCACGCAAGGUGUUCGACGUAACUCCGCAGAAGAGUGUUUUAUACCGCAGAGAGUGUUUUAUCUCAUUUUGUGGAACGAAGACAUCUCCUUAAGUCAGUAUGAGGUUUGGCUUCAUGAGAUCACUUCUGACCCACCCCUGUGGAGGCUCCAUCACCACUGUCCGAUCAGCAACGACGUCUGGUCAGUACGUGGCUUCCAGAGCAAGAGACCCUGUUUUCGAGAAGCUCAUGGACAAAUACAAGAACCUCCUCAAGGUCAUUGACAUACAAGACCUCAUCCUCGCUAACCCAACAGCUGACCCUCCUUCUGUAUCCAUUGAGUUCCUCUCCAGGCUCUCCCAGAAGCUCCACCUCAACCGUGGCGCAGCUUCUUUCCUGAGGAAGUACCCUCACAUUUUCCACGUCUUGUAUGAUCCUGCGAAGUCUCAGCCCUUUUGCAGGUUAACUGAUGCAGCCAUGGAGAUUUCUCGUCAAGAGGCUUUGGCUAUCAAUGCUUCUUUGCCUGUUGUUGUUGACAGGUUGGUUAGGCUCCUGUCUAUGUCCAUAUCAAAGUCGGUACCGCUUCGUGCGGUUUUCAAGGUUUGGAGAGAGCUUGGGCUCCCUGAUGAUUUUGAGGACUCUGUGAUCUCAAAGAACCCUCAUUUUUUUAAGCUUAGUGAUGGUCAUGAACCCAAUACACAUAUCUUAGAGCUGGUUCAAGAAGAAGGUAAGAGUCUGAGUUUUGAAGCCGCGGUUGAAAAAUGGAGAGUGGUCGAGUGUUGUUGCAAGGAGGAUUGCAGCGUCGACAGAACCGAAGUUCAGUUUAGUUUCAAACAUAGUUACCCACCAGGGAUGAGACUGAGCAAGAACUUUAAGGCUAAAGAGAAGGAAUGGCAGAAACUGCCUUACGUGGGGCCGUACGAGGACAUGGUUGGCAAGAAAAAGAACAAGUCCGGUGUGAUGGGAGUAGAGAAAAGAGCGGUUGCGAUCGCCCACGAGUUCUUGAGCUUGACUGUGGAGAAGAUGGUGGAGGUGGAGAAGAUCAGCCACUUCAGAAAAUGUUUUGGGAUUGAUUUGAACAUAAGGGAUUUGUUCUUGGAUCACCCGGGGAUGUUUUAUAUGUCAACUAAAGGGAAAAGGCACACAGUGUUUCUCAGAGAGGCUUAUGAGAGAGGACGUUUGAUAGAUCCAAAUCCAGUCUACGAAGCUAGGAGGAAGCUUCUUGAUCUUGUCCUCUUGGGUCGCCAUGCUGCUUUAUCAGAUUCUAGGGACACAAAUAUGUCUGAAGAAGAAUGAAACUUGCAGUAUGAAACACUUGAGAGAUGAGAUCACCAAGAAUCUAAGCUAUCUUGAGCCUCUUUAACUGCAUAUGCGUUAAGGAUUCACAAUACAAGAUAAGCUCUCUGUUUGUUGUGUACUUUGUAGGUUAUGUCGACAAAGACUAUCCAAACUCAAUACUGUUUCUUUCUUUCUUUGGAUUUUGCUUACUUGGUUGCUAGAUGAUGCAUGUGGCUUUACUUGUGCUACUAAAACUCUUUUUUUUUUUUGGAACACACUGAAACUCUUUCGUUUUUUAGAUUUAUUUAUAUAUGUAAGACUAUGUAUUUAAUUAAAUAUUAGUAGGUAAAUAAUAGAUAUGCAUUUAAAAAAAUGCAUUUUAAAGA